UGUACCGCGGAUUUAUGCGCAUUGUGAUAGAUCAAAACACGAACGCCGAGAUAAGGUCCCUUGGCGCCAAUGUCAACGGUAAAAAUACCGAGAUACAUCCAAAUCUGGAAAAAAAUGUGUCAUUGAAGGAAUAUCAAUAUGUACCGCAUGUGUUGAAUGAUGAUUGA